UCAGAGUGGUGGGCAUGUGCCACUAGCUCAUUCAGUUUUUCAUUGAUCUCCGGAGUGAAAUUUCCAACGUUUAUUUUUUCGACACGAAUGGAAACAAAUUUUGGAUUGUUUGCUCUUCACAGCUCGAGUGCACCAAGCGAGCCCACAAGUGAGGAUGCUGCCAGCGAUAGCCUUGUGAGUGGCGGAGUUGGCUAUCAUUUACAAGAGGAAGACCCACUUGAAGCGCGGAAAUCGUCGGAAGUGCUGGAACAUAUUACAGAACAUCACUUCCCAAAGCAGCCGCUCGACUAUGCGGAAGAAGUGGAUGGCGGUGGGAUUCUGGAUCUGGUGAAACCAUACCGCGAUAGCAAUAAUAACGAAACCAGCAGCAGGGUCAUGAUGAUGGUGGCCAAGUUCGAGUCGGGAAAUGGUCAGGGCGGGAAGCUGCCGGUGGAUGAAACAGAAACAAGUGAUUUCGAUACGGCCAGUGUGAGUAGCAGUAGUUUGGGAAGUGUGCGCAGCAGUUCCGCUUUCAGUGAAGGAAGUCGGGAUGCUGGAAGUGUGGGAAGCUAUGGUAAAGAGAAGGCGGGGCCAAAUGUGAUAGGGACCGGAGAGAGUCACGUGGUGACGGCAGGUACUGCAACAAUUACAAUUAACAUUAUCAAUAAGACUGCUGAGGAUUGUGAUACAAAGCCGUUGAAAACGGGUCCGGAAAUGAGGGCUGUGCAUGUGCAAGUUCCGGAGUAUGAGAGCGAAUCGGAACGAGGAGUUGGAUCAACUGGAGACGAGGGAGAAUCGACCGAGUGCGAAGGACAAGAACUGCAGAGGAAAGUUAAGCUGAAUGAUGGGUUUUUAAGCCCGGAAUUGUCAAAUGAUAAUAGUCAUUAUGAGAGUGCCUUGUUCCAAACUGCGGAAAGUCAAGAGUUUCUGGAUUGUAAGGGUAGUCUGGAUUCGUCGUACUGUGAGUAUGAUGAUAGCUCAGAAGAAACCGAGCAAAAUGAUGAUGUUUUCGAAAGCAAUCACCCCAAACAGAGCCCCAAGGCCGUUAAGCAGGAAAUCAUCGAUGAUGAGAAUGAACCCAUGAUCAAUAUCAUCCAGAAAAUGACCCGCGACAUGCAAGUCACUUCCACGGUUAUUCUCAACAAAGCUAAAAUCAAAGAGCAUCGCAAAUCGCGAGCGGAGAAAAAAGAAAGGCAAAAAACCGAAAAGAAGAAAUUGGAAAAUUCGCACCUUAGCCGGCAGAGGAUAAUCGAUGAUAAUUUCUGCAACGAAAUCCUCGAUUCAACACAUCAAUUUGAUCGUUUGUACGGAAUAACCCGCAAAACCGCAGCAGUCAAUGCACCCGUGGAAGUGCUAAGUGAUUCGGCAUUGCAGGCGUCGUCAGCGGGGGAUGAAUCAUUCGAUUCAUCAUUGUCUUACGGGAAAUUGGAAGGAAAACCGCGGUAUUCAGGUCGACCAAUCGGGAAACUAAUGGCCAAACGUUUGAAAAAACUAGAUAAACAAGGCAACUGUAAGUCGGACGUCAACUCGGAUUCGUCUGCUUCCAACUAUGCCAAUGGUCCAAAGAAACCCCCAAGAACAUUUGCUUCGGCUCGAAGUCAUCAUUCAAAAUUCGGAUGGGUCAAACAAUCUGGAUCAUCUACAGAUGCCAGCUCCGGUAAACCGAGCUGUCCAAAACUGGAAGAUCUCGACUCAGAUCCAGAUCUCAUCGGCUGGAAGUUUGACAAAUCGGCGAAGCACGAGAAACGUGAAAAAUCAGAAAAAUCUCACAACAUCGGCUGGGUCAUGCCAAAGGAACGUACUAACGAGUCUUCCAUCCCUCCGCAAAUCUACAACAUGUUGAACUACUCGGAGGAUGAAGACCGAAAACGCUCCAUCAAAACCUCAAAUUCGAAAGCAGCUCCUCAAGCUUCAUGCUGUCAUCGCAUCGAAUGCGAGUUGGGCCCCAAGCUGGACAUUGACACGGUGGACUAUGCUCCGGAAACACCUAGGCGCAAGUCGUCAUCCAACUUGGAUUUUGAAAAGUUUGCAACAAAUACCACAAUCAAAAGUACCCCUCAUAAACGUCAUCACUUUCCAGAGAACGGAAGAAGGACGGAACUUUUCCUCGAGGCGGAACGGGGCGAAACUCGUCGGCGCAGUAGUAAAGAACAUCGACGUCGUACAACCGGGGAUUUCUUGGAACAUGAACGUGAAGCAGAGUCUCGUCAUUUUUUAGAAGACGGCCGAAGAAGUGACCACGAACCGGAUAAUCCGGAAAAGUCUGAACUCUGCCGGAAGUGUAGCGAAAAGUCCGAGAAGAAAUCCUUUCGCAAGGCUGCGGUGAGGAGAACGAAAUCUUUCUUUGAAGCAUCUAAGAAAAAGAUUCACAAAAUUGGCAAGGAUAAGCAACGGUUUGAGACUCCGAAGAAGUAUCACCUGGGAACGAAUCUCAACAAAGAAAAUUCCGUCAAGAAACAGCUGCACAAACACUUGGGAUAUACGCCGGACAACAUACGGUGUGGAUCCUGCCCCAAAGAAUCCUCCGUAGUUCGAAACAACCUUACACAGACGUACUCAGCUCCGGCCCGUAUGCCAGACAAAACACGUGAUCGUCCUAAACUGCCCGUUCCAACCGUUCUCAACUUAUCUGGCCCAGCAGCCUCUCUCGUUGAGGAUCACCACAAAAAGCAGAAGCCCCACGAUAUGAAAUUUUUGAAAACUCUCAAAAACCUCCGGAUAUCGCCGAAAAAACUCUUCAAACCCAACGAUGAGCCAAAACGAAGCCCCAUGAAUUCCAGCUCUCCGCGUCAGCACGGAGAUUUCCAAUCGUACGAUGAUCUGAAUCUGGACAACGUUGCCCAGAUGGGUGACUUCCUGAACAACGUUCGGCAAGCCGUAGAAAAUGAACGCACAAACUCCCACGAACGAAUCCUCGACCAGUACGGCGCAGCGAGGUACGCCAAAGCACCGCCCAAAACAAGACCUCGCCAUAUUUCCACCAGCAGCGAAUUCUUGGAUCGACAUCCCGUCGAACGGCAAACGCUGCAAGUUGCUGCCGAUCUGCAUCGGGAACCGAUCUACCAGGAAAUCUCCCCGAAAAACAAUAAGACCAUCAUAAACGAGUUCAUCAGUGGCGAGUCUAACAAUCGGUACCUGAUGAUCAACAACAAUCCGAAUAUAAUCUAUGCCACCGUGAACAAAACGGCAAAAAACCUCAUCAAGUCCAAGUCCGUGAAUAGCUUUUGCGAGGAACCGCUGGGGCAGCGCGUCACCGAGAAAAAGAUGAAUGCCCAACCGAAAUCUUCUUCCCCGGCUCAUUCCGAGACGCACUCCCGCAGGACCAGUAGCCGAUUGCGACGAUCUUUGUUCAACAGUAGCACCAACAGUGGCGAUCGAUCCCUCUCUUCCGUCGAAGAAAGCAACGGAAUCUUGCUGCUGCCGGCUCACGGAACCGAGGACGAAGAAUCGCUGGCGAUGAUGACGGCACUGGAAGUGCAAGAGGACAUUAUCGUUCCGAAAAGCGCUGGGAAGGUAGGCGCCAGUCCUGGCAGACGGACCGAAGGGAGCAGAGAUACGGGAAAGGAUGAAGUGGAUGAUUACCGGGCUCUGCGAAGCGAUAUUCGGGCGGGGAAUGGUGGGACUAGAGGUGGUGGAUUAACUUGCGAGGAGCAACUUCUGAGGACGGCCAUCAUGAUGGACGAGACGACCGGCAGCGGAAGAGUGGCUCCGCUGGGGGAGUAUCGAUACCGAUGAUGAGAUCGAAUCACUU